AUGACAACGGAUAGUGUUACUCUACAUACGGAUAAACAAUUAAUUAAAAUGGGGCUAUCGAUUAAUUCGGAUACGAGAGAAAAAUUUAACGACAUUGCCCCGAUGAUAAUAUUAGAAUCUGCUGAUCAAUUUUACGAAAAUGAACAAAUAAUUAUAUCAAACGAAUUAGGAGUUUCGGAUUUGACGAUGGGAAAAUUCGACAGCAUUAAUAAAACUUCGUCAUACGAUCAAACUCAUUUUUCCAUAACUGUGAUAGACAAUGAUAGACAAGUUGACGAUGAGUUCAUGGGUUGUUGUUUUGAUAAUUUAGAUAAUGAUGAUAAUUUUAACGUUUUCAAUCAAGUGACGAAUGACGAUUACUCCGAAAUGGCAGAAGUCAACGAAAUGAACAAAUACCUCGACGAAGAAAUGAAAGUAACAACGUGCGAAAGUAAUAAUUAUUUAUCCGUAGACGAUUAUAAAGAAAGAGAAGAAGGAGGAGGAGGAAAAGACGAAGAUGAUGAUGAUGGUGACGAGGAAAGUGACAAUUUAAAAGAAGAAGGAUCUUUAAAUUGCAUAUUGAAAAAUUUAUUGAUCGAACCUAAAAAUAAUGAUUUGAACGAUGAAUCCGUGCCUUUACCCGUGAAUGCCUGCAAAAGGCCAAACCCUUCGAUGACUCCUUAUUCGCCGAAAAAAAAAAUCAAAGACGCAAACGAACGUGAUAAUAAUAAAAAUUUUAAUAAAGGAUUUACCGAUGGGAAAUUAAAAAGGGAGCCGAAUUUAUUUUGUGAAAAUAUACAGAUAUUAAAAAUAGAAACUACUAAACCGCCGAAACCAAAUUAUGCCGACAAAGAUUUAACUAGUUUAAAUUGGUUACAUAAGUUAAAUAUAGUUAGCGUACCUUCGUUGCCAACCCCUCCGUCUUCUCCAACAUUUCAAAAAAACAAUUGUAAAAAACCUAAUUCAUUCUCACUCAGGCUACAAUAUGAUACUCUCCUCUCUCCGGAAACAAUGGAAAAUUACAGGACGAACGGUGAUAAAAAACCUCCCAUUUCUUAUGCCACGUUAAUUUGCAUGGCGAUGAGAGCAAACAAUAACAAAAUGACAUUAGCAGCUAUUUAUAAUUGGAUAAAAGAAAAUUUUAUGUACUACAGAAAUGCCGAUCCAAGUUGGCAGAAUUCGAUUCGUCACAAUUUAUCGUUGAAUAAAUGUUUCGUUAAAAUUCCAAGAUCUAAAAACGAACCUGGAAAAGGAGGUUUUUGGCGUUUGGAUAUAAAAAUAUUAGAAGAGGGAAGGAAAAACAAGAGAAAAAUAAAGAAAAACUCGGGGGGAACGCAUGAGAACAAAUGUAAAACGAUUAAUAAUAAAGAAAUAACGUCGCAAAUGGAAAAUGAAGUCACGAACGCUGUGAAACAAGUUACGGAUGAAUUUAUUGACGACAUCGAACAACCCGUCAUGGUGGAACCUGUUAAUCCUCCUGUCGUUAGUUUAGGAGAAGAUGAAAUAACGAGUAUGUUAUUGGCAAGCGUGGGUUGGGAUGAUUCUCAAUUGGAUAUGUUAGAUUCUCUAUUAGAUUCAUUGUAA